GUCAGUAAUCUGGGCGGGGCUGACCUCCGUCAAAGGCCGCGCACCAAUCAGGAAUCGCCGGUCAGUGGGGGCGUCACUCGUGCGUGGCCUAACCAAGCGGUUAAAAGCAGCCGGGGGUCUGUUUCGUGUAUCCUGUUUCCUUUGCCGCGCAAAGAUGGCUAGAACUAAGCAGACCGCCCGUAAAUCCACUGGAGGUAAAGCUCCUAGGAAGCAACUUGCCACCAAGGCAGCCCGCAAGAGCGCCCCGGCCACCGGCGGUGUCAAGAAGCCUCACCGAUACAGGCCCGGUACCGUGGCUCUCCGUGAGAUCCGCCGUUACCAGAAGUCUACCGAGCUGCUCAUCCGCAAGCUGCCCUUCCAGCGGCUGGUGAGGGAGAUUGCGCAAGAUUUCAAGACCGAUCUGCGUUUCCAGAGUUCGGCCGUUAUGGCUCUGCAGGAAGCCAGUGAGGCUUACUUGGUCGGCCUGUUUGAGGACACCAACCUGUGCGCCAUCCACGCCAAGAGGGUCACAAUCAUGCCAAAAGACAUCCAGCUGGCACGUCGCAUCCGAGGAGAGAGAGCAUAAGCUCUUUUUCUUUCGCACCACAACGGCUCUUUUAAGAGCCAGCUCACUUUGAUCUAAAUGAUGUCUUCCAUCAUGACCUAAAAUGUAUCAUACGUUUAUUUAGAGAAGGGGCCAUAUAUUUUAGCAUACCCAAACAGACUGGGAUUACAAGUGAAACUAGUUUGCUCUCUUAAUCGCCUAUAAAAUUGUGUGCCUAUCAGGAAUAGUUUCCUAUAAACUGUCUACUGCAGGUUUCAAACAUGCGGCCCGCGAUAUAUUUUGCGCCCCAGCCUCCUUAAUAUGAAAGUAUAAUGGUAGCGCGGCGCUUGUUUUUUUUUUUUAUUUUUUUUUUUUUUAUUUUUUUUUUAUUAAAUGGAUGGCACUUUUACAAUGGUGUGUGUGUGUGUGUGUGUGUUGAGCAGACCAAUCAAGUUGGGGUAGAUUUCUAUCGGGCGUGUGACAGCGACCGGGCUUGAUACAAGCAGAGACUUUUUGAUGAAUGCUUUUUUAGAAGUUUUAUAAACACCAGCGCCCUUAAUUUUAUGUGUUUAAAAAAGAUGUUUGAGAAGAUAGGAUUGCUUUUAAUUUCUAAUUUUAAAUCCACAUAAAUCCAUGCGGGCUGAGGCUGCAGCCCCAAGUUAGUUUGAUUCCCUCUCGUCUACUGGUUCUUUGUUCUUCGCAGUACUCAAAAUCAAUGUCGUAGUAGCGCUGCACCGACUGCCGGAGAUAAGUUCCUUAUUACAUACUUUGCCAUUAAAUUCUGAGUCUGAAAAGAAUUGUAAUUAAAGACUGAGCCAUUGAGAGGACCAUGCUUAGACCUUUGGGGCGGAAAUAAUAUCGCAAUAUAUUUUUCAUCUCUCUCUCUCUCUCUCUCUCUCUCUCUCUCUCUCUCUCUCUCAUUUUAGCGGUCAAUGAUCCACAACAUAUAGCCGGUACUCUUAAAUAAUAAAUACAAGACUAUCAUCGCUUGAUAGGAUAAUGUGGGAUAUAUUUUUUUUUUUUUUUCAAGGCUAGUGAUCGGAUCAUCGUCUUGAUUGGACAACCGUUUCUCCGCUUCAGCUAGCCAAUCAAUGACUCGAAGCUGUAAAGGUAAAUACCCUACCUCAACGGCUUGGGCUAAAAAUCUAUACUA